UACCUCCGUUUUCGGCGUGGCUAUGUAAAGUCACUCUUAAGAAGUCAUCCUGCAUUACGGACCUUUUCUUAAACAUGACUGCCGUGAAGAAACUACUGGCUGCUGCUGUUGUUGUUGCCUUUGCAGCAUUCAUUGUACUCCGAAUUCUUAAACUAAAGGAAAUGACCCUUGCUACCAGAGAGAUUCCUGUGAAACAUCUCAACUGUCAUUACUUGAAGGAUGUUGAACAUGGGGCAGAGGAUAUCACAAUACUAAAGAAUGGACUGGCCUUUCUAAGCACAGGGUUGAAUUAUCCUGGAUUUCCUUCGUCCCCUGAUGAACCUGGGAAAAUUUACAUUUUGGAUCUGCUGCACCCGAAGCCAACUCCAGUGGAGCUGCAAAUCAAAGGAGAGUUGAACCUAACCACUUUCAACCCACAUGGCAUUAGUGUGUACAUCGAUGAAGCAGAUGACUCUGUUUACCUGUUUGUUGUCAAUCACCCUCACCACAAAAGCGAAGUGGAGAUCUUUCGUUUUGUUCAGGAGAACACACUUGUGCACCUACAAACCAUCACCCACCCUCUACUCUACAGUGUAAAUGACAUUGUUGCAGUCGGAGUGGAGAGCUUCUACGCCACAAAUGAUCACUACUUUCUCAACCAUUCACUCCACUUGUUGUGUCUGAUCCUGGGUCUCCCCUGGUGUGAGGUGGUGUAUUACAGUCCAACGGCAGUGAGGGUAGCAGCCAAUGGCUUUAUGUCUGCAAAUGGCAUCAACAUAUCACCUGACAGACGGCAUAUUUAUAUUUCAGAUAUCCUUGACCACGAGGUCGACGUUUAUGAGAGACAAGAAGGGGAACAAUUAGUGCAUCAGAAGUCUGUAGCUGUUGGGUCCCUCUGUGAUAACAUCGAGGUGGACUACACUACAGGUGACCUCUGGCUGGGUUGUCAUCCAAAUGGCUUGAAGUUGUCAAAAUAUAACCUUGAAGAUCCACCCGGCUCCGAGGUCAUCCGGAUCAAGAACAUUCUCUCAGAGCAGCCAGUGGUGAGCCAGGAGUACGCUGAUGACGGCCAUGAGCUCACCGGCUCCAGUGUGGCAGCUCGCUAUGAGGGAAAGUUGCUUAUUGGCUCUGUUAUCCACAAAGCCCUGUAUUGUGAUUUACAAUAAUCUGUCUCUUUUGUAUCUAUAAUCACAAAUGUGUAAUCAUAUAACUGAUGUAAGAAAAAGAUUUGGAUGGAUAUAGGAUGAAAAGAUUAAAUCUUGAUUCACUAUUUACAAAAUAAAAGAGUAAUAUUGUACCUGA